AUGGAGCUGAGAAAGGACAAGCUUCUCAUGUUUUACUCAGACAGAAAAGAAAACAAAGAAUCCAUAUGGGCAGUGAAUGAUCCAAUGAGCAAAUCAUACAAACUCUCUCUACCUUCAGCACUAAAGCCUGACAACAACAAUCUCUUAGCUGGAAACAGAAUCAGAUACACUGACGCUUCCAAACUCAGCAACAACAACAACAACAAGUCCAAAUCUUGCAAACUCUCAUGGUACAAAACAAUCCUCGAUCCAGGAAGCGAGAUAGUCUUGAAAUGGAACUGGGUCUUCAUCGUCUCCUGCAUGGUCGCUCUCUUCAUCGACCCUCUCUACUUCUUCGUCCCACUCAUCGGAGGAGACUCAUCUUACCCCUGCGCAAGAACCGACACGAGCUUACGUAUCCUCGUCACCUUCUUCAGAACAAUCGCUGAUCUCUUCUACUUGCUCCACAUCUUCAUCAAGUUCCGAACCGGUUUCAUCGCUCCCAACUCGAGCACUAGAGUGUUCGGUAGAGGCGAGCUUGUCAUGGACCCCAAGGCAAUCGCUUGGAGGUAUCUCAAAUCUGACUUCAUCAUCGACCUCAUCGCGACACUACCGCUUCCACAGAUCGUUAUCUGGUUCGCUAUGCCUGCUACAAGAAGUUACCGGUUUGAUCACAACAACAACGAUCUCGCUUUGAUUGUGCUCUUACAAUACAUCCCUAGGUUCUACCUGAUAAUCCCUUUAAGCUCUCAGAUCGUUAAAGCGACCGGAGUUGUUACAAAGACUGCUUGGGCUGGAGCUGCUUAUAACCUCUUGCUAUACAUGUUAGCUAGUCAUGUUCUUGGUGCGGCGUGGUAUAUAUUGUCGUUUGAUAGAUACACAUCUUGCUGGAAGUCAAGAUGCAACAAAGAGUUUGGACGAGUGAAUUGUCAUCUUUAUUACUUGGACUGUGAUUCGAUGUAUGACGCUAAGCAGCUAAGUUGGGCGAAUGUGACGAACGUGUUUAAACUCUGCGAUGCGAGGAGUGGGGAGUUUAAGUAUGGGAUGUUCGAGAAUGCGAUCACGAAGAAGGUUGUGUCUUCCAACUUUAUCGAGAGGUAUUUCUACUGUUUGUGGUGGGGGUUGCAACAGCUUAGUUCUUAUGGACAGAAUCUGUCCACGACCAUGUUCAUCGGAGAAACCACAUUUGCUGUGCUCAUUGCAAUCUUUGGACUUGUCCUCUUUGCACAUCUCAUUGGGAAUAUGCAGACAUAUCUGCAAUCUUUGACUGUCCGGCUUGAGGAAUGGAGGUUGAAGAAGAGAGACACAGAGGAGUGGAUGAGACAUCGCCAACUUCCUGAAGAGUUGAGAAACCGUGUGAGGCGAUAUGAGCAGUACAAGUGGCUUGCCACUAGAGGAGUCGACGAAGAGAUUCUCUUACAAAGCUUACCUACUGAUCUUCGCCGUGACAUUCAACGCCAUCUCUGUUUAGACCUUGUUCGAAGAGUUCCAUUUUUCUCACAAAUGGAUGAUCAGUUGCUAGAUGCGAUAUGCGAGCGUCUGGUUUCUUGUCUGUGUACGGAAGGGACUUACCUUGUACGUGAAGGUGACUUGAUCACGGAGAUGCUCUUUAUCAUCAGAGGGAGACUAGAGAGCUCCACAACGAAUGGAGGCAGGACAGGUUUCUUCAACUCGAUUAUACUAAGGCCUGGAGAUUUCUGCGGGGAAGAGCUUCUUUCUUGGGCUUUGCUUCCUAAGUCAACCUUGAACCUACCGUCUUCCACAAGAACAGUUAGGGCUUUGGUUGAAGUCGAAGCUUUCGCUCUUCGAGCUGAAGAUUUGAAGUUCGUUGCGAAUCAGUUUAGGAGGCUUCACAGCAAGAAGCUUCAGCAUACUUUCAGAUUUUACUCUCACCAUUGGAGGACUUGGGCUGCUUGCUUUAUACAAGCCGCUUGGCGUAGGUACAAGAGAAGAACGAUGGAGAAUCAUCUCACUGCGAUUGAGUCAAAGGAGAGUGAAGAAGAAGAAGAAGAUGAAGGAAAAGAAGUGGAAGAAGAGAGUGUUGGUUCGAGCCCUAGAACAAAGAUGAACAUUGGAGUUAUGGUUUUGGCUUCACGAUUUGCAGCUAAUACAAGACGUGGUGUUGCAGCUCAGAGAGUGAAAGAUGUCGAUUUGCCUCGGUUUAAGAAACCUGAAGAGCCUGAUUUCUCUGCUGAGCCUGAUGAUUGA